GCUAAAAAGAAAGUCAUGCUGUAACCUGAUAAAGCAGUGCGUGCACCUCAACAUAUUUUUGUGGUUUGUAUCCAAACAAAUUUGACAUGUUUCAGAAUGGAUUCAGUCUCAUAUAUCUGCAAUGUUAUUCCAGUCCCCUGUUAUUGGGAAGAACGACCAAAUGGAUGUGUGAAAAUGAGCUGCCCCUUUACUCACAAGAAAGCUCGCUACAUUAAUUGCCUUUUUUUGCCACCUACUAUUUGUAACCCUGAUUUAGAACAAAACAAGGAGUUGGCUGGGGCGUUUGAAGAGGAAGAAGCUUUGCUGUUGAUGGAAGAUAUAUUAGUUUUACCGAACCAUCCACCAGUAGUUGUAGAUCUUACUUUGGAUGAUGAAAGUGAUGAUGACUGGGAGGAAGAAUUAAACAUCUGUCUGCCAUAUAAGAAAGAAAAAACACCAGAUGAGGCGAAGGAAGAAGAGCUUAUACUAGAGCUUUGCAGAAAAUCAGGAGAAUUUUAUAAGAUGCCAAGAAUACAUACUUCAGAGACAUUAUUGAAGAAUGAAGAAAUAGUGGCAUAUGCUGAACAUUCUGAAGAAAAAGCAGAAGAAUAGUUUUGAUUUUUUUUGCUAUAGUUAAUGGACCUGAUUGACAACAAUGAAUCCAUUAAAAGUAUUCAACUUUAUAGAGAUUUGGUGUCUUAAAUUGAAAAUCUGUCUAAUUAAAU